AUGCCUGUCCUUACCUCUUCUUCUUCUUCUUCUUCUUCUUCUUUUACAUCCAUUUCUUUGUCCAUUUUCUUGCUGCUCAUUCUGUGCAACACUACUGUCAUUUGUUCAGCUACAAACAGGACCAAGAUAACUCACCCAAACCGCCAACUCUCUGUUAAUUACUAUGCCAAAUCAUGUCCUCAAGUUGAGCAGCUCAUCGGCUCCAUCACAUCCCAACAGUUCAAAGAAUCACCUGUUUCUGGCCCGGCGACCAUUCGCCUUUUCUUCCAUGACUGCUUUGUUGAAGGUUGUGAUGCAUCGAUAAUCAUAAGCUCAAAGCAGCAGGGGAACAAAAUGUUGGCAGAGAAGGAUGCACCUGAUAACAAGGACCUGAGAGAAGAAGGCUUUGAAAGUGUGAGGAAGGCCAAAGCUGUUGUGGAGAGCAAGUGUCCUGGUGUUGUGUCUUGUGCAGACAUACUUGCAAUUUCAGCCAGAGAUUAUGUCCACUUGGCAGGGGGUCCAUACUAUCAAGUUAAGAAAGGGAGGUGGGAUGGGAAAAUAUCAAUGGCCUCAAAAGUGGCCUCAAAUAUUCCCCAAGCAAAUUUCACAGUGGAUCAGCUACUCAAACUCUUCAGUUCAAAAGGCCUAACACUUGAAGACCUGGUUGUUCUUUCUGGUGCACAUACAUUCGGCUUUGCUCAUUGCCAGAACUUUGUAAGCAGGCUCUAUGACUACAGGGGAUCCAAGCAGCCCGACCCAGUUAUUGACCCAAGACUCCUAAGGGCCCUAAGAAUGUCGUGCCCGCAUUAUGGUGGAAAUGCUGACAUUGUUGCACCAUUUGAUGUCACUACACCGUUCGUGUUUGACCAUGCCUAUUAUGGGAACCUAGAGGCUAAGUUGGGCUUGCUAGCAUCAGACCAAGCUUUAUCUUUGGACCCAAGAACCAAGCCGAUUGUCCAGGCGUUGGCAAAAGAUAAGCAAAAGUUCUUUCAAGCUUUUGCUGCAGCAAUGGAGAAAAUGGGCUCAAUAGGUGUGAAAAGAGGAAGAAAACAUGGGGAGAAAAGGAAAGACUGUAGUAUGCAUAUGUUAUGA